AUGCCCAAGAAGCAAGCAGGAGAAAACUCCAAGAAGGCUGCCGGUAACGCCAGGAAAGCUGCUGCCGCAGAUGCUAAGGCUGAUGCCACACGAAAGGUUGUUUCAGCAAAGGAGGAUGCCGAAUGGUCUAAGGGCUCCAAGGGCCCCAACGCAAAGGCCGAAGCCGCCGCCGCAAAGAAAGCCGAAGACGCUCGCAAGAAGGCCGAAGCAAAGGCUCUGCUCGAGAAGGAAGAGGCCAGCAUGCCCUCCAAGCCGAAGCCAAAGGGUGCCGAUAAGGUCGCGGCCAAACGCGCCGGCAAAAUCGAUGACUUUAUCUCCGCCACCAACAAGGCACCAGCACUCGCCGCUUCUAACAUUGAUGAUGCAUUAGACAUGAUGACCUUGGUCGAGGACAGGAAGGUCGGCACGAAGAAGAACGGAGAGGUCGACAGACAUCCUGAGCGUCGUUUCAAGGCUGCAUUCGCUGCGUACGAAGAGCGAAGACUACCUGAGCUCAAGGAGGAGCACAAGGGUUUGAGGUUGCAGCAGAUGAAGGACAUGAUCUACAAGGAGUUCCAGAAGAGCCCGGAGAACCCGUUCAACCAGGUUCACGCUACUCACAACAUGACCAAGGAGGAGCUCAAGGAGAUGCAGGCGAACGAGCAGGCCAAGACCGAGGCGAGGUUGGUUGGCCGUUAG